UGUACUUGGUAGUAGAAGUAAUUUUAAAAAACUGUAGCAAAGAGGCAAAAGACAGAAAGACAGACAAGAGGACACAAAAGCCGUGCUACACAGCAGCGCAUGAGAAGUUGAUACGAGAUCUGCUUCUUCUCUUUCCUUUUAUUCUUCUUAUUAAACUUUGCUUCUUUCAUUUCACUUCAUUCUUCCACAUUCUACGGAACAUCAACAUUCAACACUGUAUCACCGGAACAGUUCAUUUUCCGGUCACCGUCAAAUCCUAAGUUUCAGAAUUACUUACAUGUUUAACUAACUUUGUCGGUGCGAGUGCCUCAUUCAAAAUGUUCAGAUGGAGGAGUGAUAAAAACAAAGUCAAAGCUGUUUUCAAACUUCAUUUCCAUCUCACUCUCACUCAGGUGCUGCAAUCUGGUGUGGAUUCUUUGGUACUCUCUAUAGUUCCUGGAGAUAAUGGAAAACCAACUACAAGAUUAGAGAAAGCCAUAGUUCAUGAUGGAAAUUGUAAAUGGGAGAAUCCUGUUUAUGAAGCUGUUAAGUUUAAUCAGGACCCUAAGAAUGGCAAAUUCAGUGAAAAAGUUUAUUAUUUUGUCAUUUCAACGGGAUUAUCAAAAGCUAGUAUCUUUGGAGAAGUUUCUAUAGAUUUUGCUGAUUAUGCAGAAGCUACAAAGAUUUCUUCUGUUUCUCUUCCCAUCAAGAAUUCUCAUUCCGAUGCCGUCUUGCAUGUAUCUAUUCAGAGACUACAAGAAAAUAAUGAUAAAAGAGAGGAAGAGGAAUGUGAAGAUGCCAAACAAAAACUCAAUGAUAGGAGCUUAAGGACCUAUUUAAGCACUGGAGAUAUAGAUGGAUGCACUAAAAGUGAUUCUUCUGAAAUUUCACAGGAUGUGUCUGCCAGUGCAAACACAAAUAGAGCUGGAUUGAGUGCUGAUUGUAGAACAUCUAGUGGAUCUGACAUUACAAUGUCAAGUUCCGAUGGAAGCUCUGGACUUGAUACUCCCCGAGAACUUGGACUACGAAAUACUGGCAUCCACCCUGCAACAAAUGGUGCUCCUUCAGUCACCAGCCACUCUUCAGAGCUUCAAAAUCUUGAUGUGGAUGGCUUAGCGUCAAUGUAUGAUGUACAUCAGAGAUCAUCACAUCUCCGGGACUGCUCAGCUGGUUCAGAACUUGGUCUGAGUAUGGACGGUUCAAUACAUGGCUCUCAAGAUGCCCUUCCUCGGGAAAGAUCCCAUCAAGCAGUGGAUAUAGAGAAUGAAAAACUCAAGGCUGAAGUUGCUGCUUUGGCCAGGCAGGUGGAUGUGUCAGACAUGGAACUUCAAACUCUUCGGAAACAAAUCGUAAAGGAAAGCAAAAGAGGGCAGGAGCUCGCAAAGGAAGUUAUCAGCUUGAAAGAGGAAAGAGAUACACUCAAGAUAGAGUGUGAAAACCUCAAAUCUUUUCGCAAACGAAGGGAUGAGGCUAAAGUGAGUAGCAGAUCACAAUUGGAAGGCGGGGAUCUUCAUACUCUUAUUGAAGAAAUCAGACAAGAAUUGAAUCACGAGAAGGACAUGAAUGCAAAUCUCAGACUACAGUUAAAUAAGACACAGGAAUCAAAUGCUGAACUAGUUCUUGCUGUUCAGGACCUCGACGCAAUGUUAGAGCAGAAAAAUAAGGAAAUACAUAGUCUUUCCAAUAAUUACAAACAGACUAAAAACUCCCAUGAUUUAGGGAGAAAUGUCUCUAAUUGCGAAACAGACGAUGAACAGAAAGAAUUGGAUGAGCUUGUUAAGGAUCAAAGCAGUGCCAAGGAGACACACUUACUUGAGCAAAAAAUCACGGAUCUCUAUGGUGAAAUAGAGAUGUAUAGGAGAGACAAAGAUGAGUUAGAGAUGCAGAUGGAGCAGCUUGCACUGGACUAUGAAAUUUUGAAACAGGAAAACCAUGAAUUUGCAUAUAAGAUGGAACAGAGCGAACUGCAAGAACAGCUUAAAUUUCAAUAUGAAUGCUCUUCUCCUCCUCCUGGUAUAAAUGACUUUGAAACACAUAUCCAGAAUCUGGAAAAUCAACUCAAGAAACAAUCAGAUGAAUUCUCAAAUUCUCUGGCUACCAUUGAGUCUCUUGAGAACCAAAUCCGCAAGUUAGAGGAGGAACUGGAGAAACAAACCCAAGGAUUUGAAGCUGACUUAGAUGCAGUGACACAUGACAAAAUUAAGCAGGAGCAAAGAGCCAUUCGAGCUGAGGAAGCUUUGCGAAACACCAGACUUAAAAAUGCUAAUACUGCAGAGAGGCUUCAAGAAGAAUUUAAAAGGCUAUCAAUGCAGAUGGCCACUACAUUUGAUGCAAAUGAGACGGCUACCAGGAGAGCGCUGACAGAAGCAAGUGAACUUCGUGUGCAGAAGAGACUGCUGGAGGAAAUGCUGCGUAAAGUCAAAGAAGAGCUUGAAUCAGUCAAAGCCGAUUAUGAGGUAAAACUGAAUGAAAUUUCCAACAAAAAAGAUGCCAUGACAGUUCAGAUGCAACAGAUGUUGUUGGAAAUUGACGACAAGUCCAUGCAACUUGUAAAUCAGAAAAAGCACGAGGAACAAGUUGGCAGGGAUUUCUCCGAGGAGAUUCAGUUACUAAAAGCUGAGAGUGAAAAGCUUACAGUGGAGAUCUCGUGCUUAUCUGAGCAAUUAAAACAAAAUGAAAUCUUAAGUUCUGACUUGGAACUUAUGAAGAAAUCACUCGAGGAAUAUGAGAUUCUUUUAAAUACUCGAAAAGAAGAAAGAAAUGAGCUUGUGAGUACAGUUGCUUUGUUGAAGAAGGAAGCAGAACGGUCACUUGAUGAGCUAAAUAGGAUGAUGCAUCUCAAGGAUGAAGAGGAGAAAGUGGGUAAACUCUUGCGUUCAGAGUUAGAAGCACUUAAAGCUCAAUAUAACGACCUGAAACAUUCUCUUAUUGAUGAUGAAACUGAGAAAGAAAAUCUAAGACAACAAAUUUUCCAUCUUAACGAUGAACUGAAGAAGAAGGACGAUGCAUUAACCUACAUUGAGACUAAAACCAUUCCAAAGAACCAAAAAAGUGCUUCAAUUCCUCAUAACUCCAAAGAAAUGACAGAUCUGAGAGAGAAAAUAAAAAUGCUUGAGGACCUGAUAAAAUCAAAGGAGACUGCUUUAGAGGCAUCAGCUUCUUCAUAUUUGGAGAAGGAAAGGGAGCUUCAAUCCAAAAUCGAGGAACUGGAGGACAAAGUGGAGGAACUCAAUCAGAGCAUUGCUUCGCCAAAGGUUGUUGCGGAUAAGAGUUUUACUACUACAAGUGACGGAUCUGAAGAAGUAAGAGACAAAUCAAUGGAAACUGAACUGAAAGAGUUGCAAGAAAGAUACUCAGAAAUGAGUCUCAAAUUUGCAGAGGUAGAAGGUGAAAGACAAAAGCUUGUUAUGACUGUAAGAAGCCUCAAGAAUGCUAGGAAGGGCUAAAUAUUCCUUCCUGUUAUCUUGAGACCUGCAUUGUAUAGUUGCAUCAGUGAAACACUUUCAAAUGAAUAAUUAAUGUGUGCUAAGAUAUAUACAUCUUAUUCUUUUUUCACUCCUUUUCCCCUCCUAAGCCCAUCGCAAGGGUACCAUAUUAGAGUUAUCAUAGCAGUUUGACAGAGUUUGCAAGGUUUAAGUAUUGUUUAGUUACCAAUAGUGCUCUUUCUCACCACAAUGUUCCAGUAAGAUCUGGUGAUAAUUUUUGUUUUUUGUUUUUGCGGUUAUAUAAUAAUAUAUUCUUUUAUUGUAUCCUUUAAUUGUUAUUGUUAUAAUAUACAAAUGAGGACAUUGCUUUAA